AUGGCGAAGCGCAAAACCCACAUUGGCGAUGGCCCCCAGGCCGGCAAGAGGCAGAAGACGAAUCACGUUCACGAUACACCGACGUCGGAAGAAGUUUACAACUCACGCCAGCUUCGCCAGCUGCUUGCCUUUGAGCAGGACAUGCAGACGGCUCGUCACGGUAUCCAGUCGUUCAAGAAUAUCCUCGACCGCAUCAUCGCGGGGGGCGAGACUGUCAGGCCCGACGACCUGCAGAUGGUCACCGAGUACCUCGUUUCGACGAAGCCCAGAGAGGUUGAAGAUGAGAUCCCUAUAUACCUCCCAGAUCUUAUGGAGGCGUGGAGCAUGGCGGCACAGGUCAACAAUGAGAGCGUCAUGUCCGCGGUCCCUGCCGUGCUGGCGCUUCUGCUCAAGGUCAUCUCCAACAACAAUGGCCUGGUGGCUCACGGCCUGGGCAUUGGUCGUACGCUCCUGCAAAAGCGGCAACAGGAACUGAUCGCGAAGAACCUCGCAGCCGAUAAAGGAAAAGACUUCAUAAUAUCACCGACUCUGCGGUUGCUACGAGAGGCAGUCUGCAUUGACAGCGGCACGCUGGCGGCCCCAAUAUUCAGAGCCAGAAAUAACACAUUCAAAGCACUUGCGCGCAAUAUAGGCCUGCGGUACCUCGGCGAUGGCGUCGAAUCUUCGAAACGACCGUCCAUCCGAACGAACGCGAUCCGGUUUCUCUUGAGCUCAAUCAAGUACAUACAUGUGGAAGCCAAGAAGGAUCUUCUCUCGCAGAAAGAUGUCGUUGCUGCACUCAUGAGACAUCUCCGGGAGGACCCCCCCGCGCUCAUCUACGAAAUACUCGACACUCUGCGCGCUUCUGUGAUCCUCGACAAAAAGCUUUCAAAAGACGCCAAAGUGCGACUGUUGAACGCACAGUCGCUCAUCCGCAUAUCGUCGUUGUAUGGCUACAGCCAUGCUGCAUCUGACGAAGACCCGGACAGACCUACUGUGGAGGAGACAGCUCAUCGAUUUUUGGUUGCAGCAUGCACAGAUGCUUCCGGCGGCGUCGUGCGUUCACAACAUGGUUACUACCCCGACGGCAUUGACCCCGAUGCCCUGCCACCGCUGGCCGACUUUGACCAGUUUGUGGACCAGGGACUAGAUACGAUACCAUGGAUGUCGAGCUUCGAGAACGAUAUCCCAGUCCGAAACUCCCUUCUCGCAGAAUUCAUUCAGACCCUAAGACCGUGGUCGAGCACGAAACAAAGCGAACUUUUAGUGUCCAUCUUGAAGAACGUCCCUGAGCUGGUUGCGCAUUACUUCCUUCACAAGAAGGCAUUCUCAUUUGAGCCUAAGCUUUCCGCGACAUGGAUUGGGUACGCUGCCCUUCUAUACAAUGUGAUGGAGCUGUCGGUGCCGAAUUUCUUUGGCCGACAAAAAGGCUUUGCCAGGACGCCGCCACCGAUACACGUCUUGCUCGGCAACGUGAUACCAGCUCCCCUCACGCUCAAAGUGAUAACUCGGUGCCUAGCGAACAAGUCCAACUUGAUCUCGUUCUAUGCUGUGCGAAUACUCGUAUUGGUACUGCAAAGGCUAUCAAAGAUCAUUGAAAUGUUUGCAGAAGCAAGUGCGACCGCUGGACCUCUUUGGAAGCAGGCCUCGCGAAGACUUAUUGAUGAUGUCCAGCAAAGGAUACCUGACGUCAAAGAUGUUAUUGCCUUGUACCGCGGUCUUGGAGCGGGCGACUUGCUACAAAAGGAGGCUGCGAGCCGGUUGAUUCUUCUAUAUUAUGAGAACAUCCCGCAGUUGGCCCUCAAGGCUAAAUUCGACGUCUCGCCCAUUCUCUCAGCGGCCAUUGACAGGGUGGAGGGCCGAGCCGAUGAGGGUGGUGAUGCGGCUCUGGCUCUAAUGGAGCUGGAGCACUUGUGCACCAUUGCCAAGUAUUCUCCAGGUAUGAGAUGGUUCGGCAAGGCAGCUGGCAAAGAGCUAUCGCCCUUUGCGACACUUCUCAAGCUCUACGUCGAAAGCACGACUGAACUCGCCGAUGCACGACUUCAGGAUGUUCUAGACUUUGUCGCCAACGAGAACCAGUUGGUUGAGAGCUCAAAAAUGUCACGAGGACUGCAGCCGCUUGUGCUCGCGCUGAAGGAAGCGGAAGGUGUUGAUGCUAGCAUCUGGAGCUACCUCGACAACUGCUUCGAGCGUUGCGCACGUUCUCCCAUCAAGUACCUCGAGAAGAUUGAGGAGCAGCUGGAGAGAGCUGGCAUACCGUCGGAAGAUACCGCUGCGAGUCCCAUCAUGAUCACCAUAGGAGAGCAGCUGCCCUUCUUCAUCACCUCCUCCCCGGACAAAAAACUCAUCAAAGCACUUGUGGAACUCCUCUCGGCAUAUCUGGGUCACUCAGCGGCUGUCGGUGUUUCCGCUGUUUUCCUCACAUCCACGAGAAACAUCUGGGCUGCCGCCUUGGGAGACGAGAAACUUGCCAGAAAGCUCACAGUUCCCACAAAGACAGCAUCUGUCCAGUCUCCCGAGCCCUCAACGAAAGCAAGUCCUGGACAGACAGAUGUCCUCAGCCGUAAUAUUCCAAACGUUGACCACUGGUCAGAUGAUCUCGUCGAGAUUCUGUCUGUUCCAAUCCCAACCAUCAAAGACAACGCGCUGCUCAAGUGGUCCACAAAGGCCCCCGAGGAGCUUGUCGAAGAGGGCCAUGCAGUGUCUGUCAUCUGGCUGCUUGCCUCGGAGCACAUCAGCAUCCGCAAGGAAGCCCUCGUCACCCUCGCCAAGAUGGCUGCGAAAAUCAGAGAGUCCGCCUACGAGGAGAACGAGCAAAUGUGGCUGUUGCUCAUGGAGCUCAUCGAAUCUACCCGAGGCGAUCCGGUCGAUGCCGGCACAGUCCCAAACACCAUCCUGUCCUUUGCCGCGCGCGCCAUCGAUGUGCUCAAGAACCCACUCCACGCGCUUUACGAAAAAGUCAACCUCUUCCUGACCAGCGGGCCGACCUGGGCGCUCGAUCGGAUCCCCUUGCUCUCUACCAUUGUCACUGAUGGUCCCAGCGAGGACGGCACCUUCUACACCGAGGUCUCCUGGCUCCUGUCUUACCUGGUCGACUCGCUCCGCAGCGAGGCGGACUUGGCACUCUUCCACCACCGCAAGGUCUUCGAGCGCGUCUUUGCCCUCGCGUGCAACCCGUACAUGGGCAACAACCUGCGCACGCAGGUCCUGCGGCUGAUAUACCGGGCCACCACGAUCAAGGGCGGGAGCGACACGCUGAUCACGCGGUUCGGCGCGGUGAGCUGGCUCCGCACGCAAAGGGCCGCCUCUGCGGCGGACGUCGGUGACGCCGAACUCUACCAGGCUGUCAUCCGCAGGCUGUGGGAGACUUGUGACCAGGACAGGAUCCGCGGGUGGAGCGCCGGUGGUGUUGAGAUCUUGGCCAUGGGUGCUGAGGACAACGAUGGUGCUGUUGUUGACGGCGAGGACGACGCUGUCAUGGGCGAGGCACCGGAGAGUGGAAGCGCAGUCGAGGUUAAGGAGACGGAAAAGGCGAAGAAGAAGAACAAGGACAAAGAAAAGAGCAGGAAGGACAAGAAAGACAAGAAGAAAAAGAAGAAGAAGACGGUAGCAGAAGAUGGGGGGGAGGCCGAAGACUCUAGCGAAUCGUAA